GACGGGCUUUAAAAGGACUGCAGGACACAUGAAUUCACAUGGAUUCUUAGGCAGCCGGUGGGGAAAAAACCCCAAAAACAUUUAAGGGUUAUUAUUCCUUUCCUUUCAAAGUUCCAACACAAGAUACUGGCAUUAUUUUAACAAGAAGUUAUGAGUCAACAAACUGGUUAAUAAUGACUUGAAAUUUUGCUUCGAUGAAGAAAAUAUGCAGAUAUGAGUCCUGCAUCUCCUGAAUGGAAAUCUGUCUGGAAAAAGACCAGAGUUCCUACGGGGAUUUCCCAAGUUUGAUCCUCGAGAGUUACCAUCCUGCGACCUGCAGCUGCGUCCUUUCUCCAACACACCUGAAUCAAAUUAAUGGCUCAUUACCAAAAGGGAAGUCAGCUAUUUAACUGGAGGUACGUUGGGAAACAGAAGAACCCAAGUUGCAGAAUCCAAAGGAUUGGAGUUGGAUACGUCUGCACCAGAGUGAACUUCUGGAAAGCGCAGCACUGUUAAUCAACCAAAGAGCUUUGGCGACCAAUCAGAUGGCGGAAAGGAGGCUGCUCCCGGACCCGGCUUGGCAGUAGCACGGGAUACCGAUCCCCGGUCGGCCGCAGCGCAGCCCCGUGGCGGUGACACCUCCGACAGCGAGCGACUCGACCCACUACAGCUUCACUCCGUUUUUCCUGCACAAGAUGACUGAAGUGGAGUUGGUGAAACGGACGCUGCAUGCCAUCGUCCAGGCCAACAGAGGUGGAGUGUCAUUGUCCCGUCUGCAGUCGGAUUACAAGGAGCUGACCGGAGACCAGAUCCCGCACCAAGAGAUGGGACAUGUCCAAGUGGAGGCUCUGCUAGCCAGCACGUCCUCUGUUCGCAUGGAGAGGGGAGGCUCUGGAGAGAUGGUUUAUUUUUCCUCUGGAGCCAAGGAGGCAGCACAUACAGCCAAGGUGGUGGCCCGACAACGCAGCUCUAAGAGAACCGGCCGACACCACCUGGUCAACACCCAGAUGAGAGUUAAACCGGCGGUUCCUCUAGUCCUCAAUGCUAAACCCCAAACCUCUCUGAGGCAGCCAAACCACCGAGGCCGAGGAAGAGGAGCAGGCGGCGGCCGUGGAGCUGGACAUGGAGACUUCAGAGACUUGAGGGAUGUCCUGUCAGAGGCUCGGUCUGGGGUACAUCCUUACAGGCUGUCCAGUCAGUACAAAGCCUAUAAGAGAGGGAACCUACCGACAGAAAGACCAGACAAGAGGAUGAUCCUCCCGACGCGGUUUCAGAAGGAGAUGCAAGCUCACCUUUCCAGAAAUUCACAACAGACCGGCCCACCGGUGAAUCUAAACGAGAGCUUUGGGCCGGGCAGAGGAAACCCCUACAAGCCUCAGCAGGUUCAGAGUCGCAUCAGAGAGAUUUUGGCCAAGUACAGCAAUGGCUUCUGGGUGUCCAAACUGCCUCAGAUCUACAGAGAGCUGUACAGACAGGACCUGCCCUCAGAGGCCAUCAAAGACCUGGAGACCUGGACCCACAUAUGCAUUGUGGAGAAAACCUGUGGCAGUAACUCCUCGGAGCUGCUCCUCUAUCCCGCCACGGAACAGACCAACACACCCGUCCCUUCCCAGACCGUUAACUCCACCACCUCGCCUGCUGAAGCCUCCCCAGUCCAGAAGAGGCCCCACAUCAACCCUCUGGCUCGAUCUGGCUCCCGGUCUCCCCCAUCUCCUCCAUACCCCCAGUCUCCCCGGUCUUCCCCAUCCUCCCAGUCUCCCCGGUCUUCCCCAUCCUCCCAGUCUCCCCAGUCUUCCUCUUGGUCUCCCAGCCCUCCUUCCUCCCCGGCAGCCCUCAGCCCUGAUCUGAAGCAGAGACUGGAGGAGCUGCUGAUGAAGUACUCCAGUGGUCUGUGGGCUCAUGCACUGCCAAAGCUCUUCCAGGACACAUACAAAAUUAAACUGCCCGGAUAUGUGCUGAAGAACCUUGACCUCCUCUCCGACAUUUGCACCAUCAACUAUCCGAUGUCUGACAACCCCCAGCGGGCCAUCCUGUACAGGCGGAGCAGCGUCAGAGGGGAGGAUGAGAACUGCAAUAGGAGGAGCUCGUCCGCCAGCGAAGAGGAGCUGAAUGUGAGGACUGAGCUGAGGAGGAGUCUCAGCAACCACAAGGUGCCGACUCUGCAGAUCCCCAAGGAAGAAUAUCCCUCCGUUCUGGUGAUGGAGGCCACCAACACCAACACUGUUAUACUGAGGUACAUCGGCGAGGGGUACUCGGUGGCGCAGGACUCCAUGGAGGACGAGAUGAGGGAGUAUUAUGGCUUAGACAAAAGCCAGCAAGCCCCUCUGUCUUCUACUUCCUCCGGCCAACUCGUCGCAGUCCGGGCUGAGGAAGAGGAGGAGAUCCUGAGGGCACAAAUAUGUGAAGUCAUGUCUGACAAAGUCAAGGUUUACUAUGUGGAUCACGGCUUCUCAGAGGUGAUCAGUAAAAGCAAAGUGUUGGAGCUGCAUGAGAAGUUUUUCAAGCUGCCUUUCCAGGCAACCAAGUGUAAGCUAGCAGGCCUGGAGCCGUUCUGUCAGGAGCCCUUGGUUCUGAAGACGUUUGAGGCGAUGGCGAGUGGACGGAUCCUCCUGGCCGAAAUCUUAGAGCGAGGUCCCGUCCCUCUGGUGGUUCUGUACGACACGUCUCAGGACGAUGACGUGAACAUCAAUGCCGCCUGCAUAAAAUCCCUACAGGACAAGACGCUAGCGAGUCCGUUGCAGGUGAACAGCGCCUAUAUGAAUGUGACCGUCAGCAGUGUUUGCUCCGAUGGGACCAUUUACUGCCAGCUUCCCUCCAGAGGACUCACUAAGCUGAAUGAGAUAUUGCAGAAAAUAGAGAAUUACUUCCACACACAGGUGACGUCAGAGUUUCUGGUAUCCAGGCCUUUUUGUGGGAAAGAAUGUCUGGCUCGCUAUAAAGGCAAAUGGUCUCGUGUUGAGAUCACCAACCUGCACGGCAGCAGAGUGUUGGACAUCCUGUUCGUAGACGUGGGCGUCCAGGCUUCCGUAGAGGUGUUUGAGCUCAGAGAGAUCCCGCCACUGUUCCUCCGUGACCUCGUCUCCAUCCCACCUCAGGCUGUGAAGUGCUGCCUAGCAGACCUGGCGGUCAGUGUGGGGUCCUGGUCUUCAGACGCUGUCCAGUGGCUUCGAGAGAAAGUGUUAAACACCUCGGACUGGAGCAUGAAGGUUGCCAAAGUGGAUGAAACCAAGCACUGCGUCUGUGUCCACCUGUUCACCGACAAGAACUUCCUCGACCCGUCCCGCAGCCUCAACCACCAGAUGGCCCAGUCCGACCUGUUCAAGCAGCAACCAGAUGUCUUCCUGAUCAGCCACAGCCCGACCAAGAUUUCCACAAACCCGUUUUCCUCCAAGACCUCAAGCAGCAGUGACUCCACCAGUGGCAGUCCGACGUCGGCUUCUGUCCCAGCCAAGCCUCAUCCCAGGAGGACGCUGUCAGGACCUAAAGAAGGAGGAAACACAGCGUCCACCAGCCCUCCUGGAACACCAUCAUCACCUUCCGGCCUCCUCCAGCUGCCGCCACUGCUAGAGCUACCGCCAGUCGGACACAAUAUGGAUGUGUACGUGUCUGUGGCGUGUCACCCAGGACACUUUGUGCUGCAGCCCUGGAGAGACAUGUACAAACUGGUGGUGCUGAUGGGAGAAAUGAUACUUUCCUACAAUAAAACUGAGGAGAAACCAUUUAAAGUGGAGAAGAAUCAGAUUUAUGCUGCUAAAAUUGAAAACAAUUGGCACCGUGUGUUGGUGAAGGGAGUUCUGACCAAUGGACUGGUUUCUGUUUAUGAGCUGGAUUAUGGUAAACAUGAGCUGGUCAGCUGCAGUCAGCUCCGGACGCUGACCAAGAAGUUCAGACAGCUGCCGUUCCAGGGCAUCCAGGCUCAGCUGGCUGGAGUGAAGCAGCGGCUGUGGUCAGAGGAAGCCUCCAUCGUUUUCAGGAACCAUGUGGAGAAGAAACCUCUGGUGGCCCAGCUAGAGGCCACGCAGGACGCCGUCAACCCAUGGGACAGGAAGCUGAGCGUCUUCCUGGCGGACACCUCGCACGAGGAACAUGACGUCUGGAUUCACGACAUCAUGGCUGAGUUUGCAGAUGAGCAGAGCAACGAGCUGUAGACUCAGGGCACCGAAUCAGAGUUUCAUGGUUUUUAUAGCUAGCAGCUCUUCUGCUCUUUACUGAAAACUGGAUAUAAUAAAGUGAGGAAAAUUUCAGGUUUGUUGUAUAAUAGGACUUAAAGAAUGAACAAAACAUAGAAAAGAAGGAUUAAUGACAUCUAAAUCAGCAACAAUAUAGAGAUAAAAACUAAAUGAAUUGGUUACUAAUGUGGGUAUAGCUAUUAUAGAAGUGUUGUGGUGAACUUAAUUUUUUCUGCCAUAAAAUGAAAUAGUUCUAAGAACUGUUGAAACAACCUUAAAAGCAUACAGUACAGCUUUAACUGCAUGCGCAUCCUGUAUCAGUGUGAACAAUCUGAAGAACCUGAGCCCUAAAAAAACUAUGUGAGCAUUAUCGCAUUAUCACAUGCUGGUUUAAACGUACUGUCAUGCUGAAAAGAAAGCACACCCUCCUCCACUUUUAAAUGUUAAUGUGUGAAUUACUUAGACACACAACAAUUCAAAAAGAUGAGUCCAUUAUGGAAAAGUUAUUCCCUAAAACACAAAAUUCUAGUCUGCUAGAAGGUAAAGAGGGUGUACUUUCUUUUUUUUUAACAGGGCUGUAGGUGUAUUUGUUUACGAAGCCUGCUUAUUGGUGGUGUUUCUCAGAGUCACAAAGUUUACAAAAGUCAGAGUGAACAUUCCCUGAAGAGGCGGAUGAAAUAAAAGAAAAAAUUAAGCCAAGAAGAAAGAUCUUCUAAAUCAUAUAUUUAGCAGUAAAUGUUUAAAAUAUGAAGACAAACCUGGACUGUAUGUUUCAGGAUGACAAAUAUGAAAACAUUACUCUUGGAAGACCCUGGUCAUCCUGCUUUGUAAAUGAAAAAAAUCUGAUGCAAUUAUUCAACAGCUGAUAUUUCCAUAUUUGUGGAAUUAAAUAAGAUCCUUUUAUAGACAAAGAAAGAAAGAAAGAAUGAAAUCUGAAUUUAAAAAUAGUUACAAUAAAAUAGUGUUUUAUUCAAAUUACAGUCUGCAUUCAUAAUUGAUAUUACUGUUUAUGAUCUCAAAAUUAGACAUGACAAUAAUGACUGUCAUUUGCAGUUAUUGAUUUUAAUUUAGUUUUUAUUUUUUGCAAAGUUCAAAUGUUCAGUCCAAACAUGGGAGUUUUGUGACUUUUUUGGGGGGUUUGUUUGCACAAAGUUACAAACUUGAAUAUCCUCCAAGAGUAGAUGUUUAAUUAGAUAUAUUGUUUUUAUUAUUGGUUGUAAUACAAUUUAGUUCAUAUUUAGAAAGAUUAAAUUGAAGCCUAAUCAAUGCUUUUAUGUUAGAUUUUUACAAGCUGUGAACUACAGAAACAUAGUUUCAAAACAUAUAUCUGAAGAACAAAACUCUUAAUUUAUGGGUGAAAUCGUGUGUUUAAACCCACUUCCUGUCGUUAGGAUGGAUGCUACUAAGGCUUCUCUAUAUGCAAAAACUCCACCUUUUUUGUUUUGUUUUGUGAGGGAGUGGGCUUUACAUGUGUUCACACUCUGCUGAAGUGUGUGAGCAUAUCUUAAAACUUAAAGUAUGGCUCAGAGUCGGUCACUAGUAGUGCUGACCUUCUGAUAUGUUAAUGCUCUUGAACCUGAACUCAAAUGUGAUUCCGACAGGCCGCCUUUUAUUUGAUCUCUGGUUUUAAAGAGUGCAGAUUAGACCUGGUUUAUUAGUGGAUCAUUUAUAUUUAACUUAUAUUAUUUAGAUGCUGAUGCGAAUGUAAUAAUUUCACAUGGUUAAAAAAAAUUUGUUUUCUGAAUAAAGUGAGAUUGUGAGGCUGA